AUGGCGCCCACCGCCUCUCCCUCGGAGCGCGAUCCUGAGCGCGUCGGACCCCACCCGUCCUACAUCGAGAUCGCGAAGCCCUACAUCCUGCAGUCGCGCAUGCAGAAAUGUCUCGCGGAGAUUCAUAUGAGCGAUGCCAAGGAGGAUGCCGUGCGCCUGCAAGGCGUUGCCUGGAUAGAUCAAGUCCGGCGCGCGCUGCAGCUGCCUAUCCGUACCUUCAACACAGCUGUCAUCUACUACCACAAGUUCAGGCUAUUACACGCGGACAAUGAGUACAACUGGGCCGACGCGGCAGCUGCUGCGCUCUUCACAGCCUGCAAGAUCGAGGACACGUUAAAGAAGAGUAGGGAGAUUCUUUGCGCCCAUUGGAACCUCAAGGUUGGGCCUGGUGAGAGCCUAAGCAGCGAUGAUCCGCGCUUCGACAACCACUCCAAGCUUAUAAUCGGUCUCGAACGACUCAUGCUCGAAAGCGCCGGCUUCGAUUUCCGCAACCGAUACCCCCAAAAGGUCAUGGUCAAGCUUGCUAGAGCUCUGCGUUUCGACGCGAAAGACGAGGCCAAGACAACCUGGAACCUGAGCAUCGAUUCAUACAGGACGUUCGCACCGCUGAAGCAGUCUACGCCGACUUUGGCUAUUGCGUGCUUAGAGCUUGCCGCACGACUUCACGGGAAGGAUGCCUCCAAGUUCGUGGAUGCAGGACCUGUGAGAUACCACAAGUGGGCUACCAGCCGGGCAGAGGUUAUGGAGACGCUCCUCGAUAUGCUCGAUCUAUACACCCAUCACCGCAGCGCCACUUCGGUUGGACCCUCCUACACACUCGAACACUUUAUCAACAUCCGCAUUGGACUCAACCAGGAGGCUUCAGCAGCGCACAUCCCACGUUACUCUCAGUACAAGUCUGAGCAAGCCGCCGACGCAGAAGGCACAGCCAACGGUGCCAAGCCUCGCAAUGGCAUCGACCCUACCAGUCCGCUCACCCCAGCCACCCCCGUCGCACUCUCGCCUGGCGCAGACCAAGCACCCAAGUCCGCAAUCGGCAUUCGUGGUCAGAAUGGCACGGUCCGGUUCAUGUUGGACGCGGCCCGUGCGCACGGUGAGCGCGCCGAAGUUGAGAAGUUCCACAAGGUCGAAGAAGAGGAGUAUGAGGUAGAGGACUCUAUCGACAGUGCCGAUGACUGGUACAGUGCUCCAGCCGCAGUAGAUGAUGCGAGGGAUGGUGCGGGCAGUGAACGCGAAGGAGGAUAUUGGGACAGAUUUCGCCAGCGCUCGGAAGAGGCAUCGCUUGCUCAGUCGGCUGCUCACGUGGAAGAGAACGUCCACCCAUCGAGAAGGGCCGCCAACUUCGACGACAUCGAUAAGUGCAUUGUACAACAAGAGGCCAAUGACGAUGCCGGGGCUUCAUUCCACGACAGGAACUCGGAAGAUGGAGCACAUGGCAAACGAUCACGGAAACGCCCUCAUGCACAGAAGCGGAAAAAGCUGGCCAAGCGGGGUGAUUUCAGUGGUGAUGAAGAUACUCCUCGGAUGGAAUUAAGUUACGAGCGUCAUCCACGAAAGCCGUCAAGUUUAUCCCACAAUGAAGCAGAUCACGAGCGGGGUUUUGACCAGACCGAUCGGUUCACACCUCCGCAUGACCCCCGAGAUGGCCACCUAAACUUCAGCCACCGAAGCCGUGAUAGCACACGUGGAGGCAAGCGCCGCGAAAAGGGAGAACACUACCAUGAGGCAGGUUACGGCAGCAGCAACCGGACAGAUUCGACACCUCCCUUCCAAGACCGAUACCAGAAGCGCUCCUACUGGCGUGAAGCGCAAGUCGCUGAAGCAAAAGGCAAGGACGACACGUCACCGCAGAAGACUCUGAUGCGCAACACUUCCGAAGAGCGUAACGAACCAGGACGACUAGCAACAUUCGUCCAUCCGGAUCGCAUAGCGCAAGUUACGCCAGAGCCAGAGCAUAGUCGAACUACCAGGCCCCAGGCACGCAGCGAGACUCUUCCUGCGGUAGAUGUCAAGAACAAGCAGCCAACUAGCACGAACAAGGCACUGUCAGCGAAUGAUGGGCAUCAGUGGGCAGGUACUGGCAACGAGGACAGCAAUACCAGAGGAAGAGGAAGAGGUAGGGGCAGAGGCAGGGGUGGACGGGGUGGAAGGGGUGGCUAUCGUGGAGGUAGAGGCAGAGGCGGCAGCUCGGAGGAAUGA